AACAAGAAGGUGGGGGUCAGGCAGCGAGUGACAGCCCGAGUGGACCGCUGAGGGGACAGUCCGUAAACUGAAUCAGACCUCGACUUGACAGGACAGCUUGGGGAAAAUAUUGCAUUGACGAUUGCUCACAUGUAGUGGUCACGUUUUGCGUGUUUGUAUCGAAUAGUGAGUGAACUGGUGCUGGUUAAAUUACUGUUCGUGAUGGCAACCUGAGUGAAUACUGUUGCUUCGAGUUUUCAGUACGCUAGCAGCGGGCAUCCAGCGAGCAGAAACCUUAACACGCUCCGUGUUUACGGUGUCAUCGAGCAGCUUGCUUUGGUAGCCUGUCAGGGCAUCGACAGCACGUCAGGUGGUCGGCUACUCCGUUAAGAUGGGUGACAUUAACCCAUCGACAUCUCAUGCGUUCCAGUCGGAGAGCUUCAGUCCGCCGUACCGGAGGAGGAGGACAGUGGAGGAUUUUAACAAGUUUUGCACUUUUGUGUUGGCUUACGCCGGAUACAUCCCAUACCCCCAAGAAGACUCUCCGCUGCGCAGCAGCUCCAGCCCACCUAAUAGCACAGGUAGCACAGCUGACAGUGAUGGCUGGAACCCAGGACCCUCACCCUCAUGUCCAUCACGUCCCACAAAGAUCCCUCAGGACUGGAGCAGGAAACGCCCACAGUCAGGACCCAUGCUGUCCAGCCUCCCCAAAAGAGACCGCACAAUCACCAGUCUGCAUCCAGAUGAUCACUGGAAAGCUGACAAACUGAAGAAAAAGAAGAGGAGAAAGGAAAGGGAGCAUCAUUCUGGCGAUGAAACCAGAGCACCGCAGACAUACCCAGCAGAGCCACAGGUGCAGUCCCCACUUCCGUUCAGUGGCCGGAUGAUCAAAGAAGAGCCUGAGGAUGAUUUCAGCAUUCCCCUCCACCCCCAGUGCCUGCCCAGCCUGUCUCCCUGCAAGGAGGAGCCUAAGGAAGAGCCAAAGGAGGAGCGCAGACACUGGGAUGGCCGAGAUCUCGAAGAAGGGGUGGUAAAGGUCCAGAAAGUUGAGGGUUUGUCAGGAAGCAGAACUGUGUUCCGCCAGGGGAAACAGGUGGUGUUCAGAGACGAAGAUGGGUCCGGAGAAGAUGAGGACAUAAUGGUUGACUCAGAUGACGACUCGUGGGACUUGGUGACGUGUUUCUGCAUGAAGCCAUUCGCAGGCCGAGCCAUGAUUGAAUGUAACAAGUGCAACACCUGGAUCCAUCUGUCGUGCGCCAAAAUCCGUAAGAGCCAUGUUCCAGAGACAUACGUGUGCCAAAGCUGCCGAGACCUACACGGACCCCCAGACGCUCGCCGCUCCCACCGCUCACGUGUAGGCUCACGUAAACACCUGCUAGACUGACCCCCCCCCCCCACCACCCCAGGUCGAACCAUGAACUCUGGCCCCUUCUCCACUUUUCUCUGCCCCCCACCCGAUGGGACUGACCUUUCUUUAAACGCAGGACCCUUCUGUCCUCCGUGAUCAGCCAUGAACCCACGUUUUCUACACUCUGGUGGACCUAUCCCAAAAGCCCUUUCUCCCAUAUGAAAACGGUUCAGUGCUGUUUUAGGUCAUCUGGGGUUUGUUUCUGCUUCCUACAGGCUCUGUGCGUAAAGGCAAUCACUGAAUCUGUCUGUGGAAGGCAGCAGAGCAGCAGCACACGGCUACUGUUGAUACUCGGUACACUGGAAACAUUUAGAACUGCCAUAUCCUCACAACUGCCACCCACCAUGGUGCAUGCUGGGAUUUAUGGGUGAGAUGGUUUGCACUUCUUUUUUUUAUUUUUAAAUAUAUCCGACGUUCUCGUCACAGAAACAUGUACGUGUUUCUGAUCAAACUGGACUUGUUUCCUCUAGGAUGCUUCUAUUAAUGUUACACACUAAUUGUUUAAAAUAAGUAAACAAGUAAAGCUUUGUGUUCCUGCUUCAGAUGGUGCUAUAGUAUUAUGCUGAGGUAUAAUCCAGUAGAACAAAGAUGUAGGAGAACGGGCUAAAGUCUGCAUCUGCUCCAUCGUUGUGUUGUUAUUUAAGGCUGUAGGCCCGUUCGUCUCGCCCCUCCACGCUUCAAGCCGUCUUCCAACCCCAGCCUCUGAUUUGAUAAGUUAGUCGACUUUAUAUGAAGCUUUCACCACUUCUGCUUUCAGCUUUUAAACUGUGGUUUUUAAGAAACUAAUAGAACAGUUAAAAAGGCCAAAUAACUUAAAUGAAUCUGAUCAAAUUCAGACAUUCACAGUUGUUUCAGGUCCCCUCUGCUUAUGUUUAUUUAUGUUGUGUUAAAUUUUAAAACUGGAAUGAGAUUUUAUUUUGUUGAAUACUUCAUAUUUUCUGUAAGUAAUGGCUUCAUGUUGAUGAGAACCUGAAGCCCUGGUUAAGCUUCUGUAAGGAAACUGUUAACAGGAAACGUUAGCAGUGCCUGGAAGAGAGAACCUUCUGCAGGUGAAGCUGUGCACCUGAGAGCGCCGGACAUGCACUGAAGCUAAAUUCAGUGUUUUUUGGCCUUUUGCAAGAUGAAGAAAGCAGGAAACUUUAGUUCCAAGAGAAGAUUUCAGUCCCUUAUUGCCUCAUUUUCAUAGCAGUGUUUGAUUCCACGAAAAGCAGAUUUGAUGGAAAACGUUUUUAGGACACUUUUUAUUUUAUUCCUAAAACUUGCUCCACUUUGGGUAAAACCUUUUAAGCUUCAUUAUUCCCGUGCCAUCUGCUGUUGGGUCUGCCUGUGUGCAGACUAAAUAUGAUUUCUGAUGAUAUAAAAGCCAUACUGUAGACAGAUUUUACACGCGGGACCUUUUACGAUGCAGAAUGAAGGACUUGACCGGGUAACAACCACGAUGAAUGUUUAGUUUGUAAACAACAGGAUUUAAAAAGUUUUAAGGUUGUGAAUAAUAUUUAUGUUCUCAUCUGCCAUUUACAGAUGUAGGUUGUCUAGUUUGCGCAGUCAAUCAGCGAAAGACGUUUUUGAGUCAAUUCAAAUAAAGAAUUGGUUCAUUUUCACGACUUUCAUCUUGAAAGGAGAAUCCGAAGACGCCUUCAGGCACAAAUUCCACGUUUUAACGUGUGUCUUAAAGACUUUGUUUUGGUUCGUGUCAACAUUGUGAUUAGCUUGUUUCUCCUGAUCCUGGGUCGUCCUGUCUCCUUGCUGAGAAAGCGUUGUCUGUACUGUGUUGCAAAACUGUUUCUGUGAAACUCUUGUAAAGUAUUGUAAAUAAAGAGGUACCAUUUUA